AAUCUAGGUCUACAUGACAUAAUCUUGUAUUAGGUCGUGAGAUCAGAAAGAACCUGUACAGCCGAACUUCCCUGUGCCAAAGGUCAAAGGUAUCAUAACAGCAACAUGACGCCUCUUUUACUAUUUGGUCUUUCGGCUGUGGCGGCAUUGUAUAUUUGGUUAUUUAUUGAAUGGGUGAUUCGUAACUUGGAAGUCAGGCAUAUACACAUCCCCAAAAUAUAUCGCCAGCCGGGGUUAUUUUACCCACUGAAAUAUCGUUUGUUUCGGCUAAUACUUUGGCUGCGAAAACGUCAAAAUGAAGAAAAGCAAAGAAAUAAACUCGCUUCUUCCACAGAUUCAGGAUAUGGAGUACGCUCUAGAAACUCACCAGAUGAAAUGGAUAAACUCCAAGAGCUUCCUGAAGAUCAACCAGAGGCUGUAGAUGCAGUUUACUUUAAUGGAGGAAAUGCACAAGGUGUGUUUAUGGUGGCAGCAACAGCACGGCGGCACAACAACGUGGUUCAAACAAUUUUAUAUUUAAGGAUUCCAUCUAUUGGACUUUUAGAACUCCCAUCUCUGCCAGAUACAUGGUUGACAAGUUCUGACAGCUUCACCUCCUAUUCAGCUGGAGGUUUGAUCAUAAAACCUGUCAAAGUCAUGGACACAUGGUCAAUUAAAUUUGAUGGCUUACUCAGGUUGGCAGAAACAGGAAAGCAAGUGGAAGUGAACUUUGACCUUUUGUGGAAAGCUUACACCAAACCAUUUGACUUUGAUACAGAUUUACAUCCUCAUGUAAUGGCUGAUGGAAUUGCCAGGGAAAAAUGGUCAAGAAAAUAUUUUAAUAAUCUUAAAAGAGUUCAUCAGACCCAUUAUGAACAGUUUGGAAAUAUACAAGGCACAGUACAUGUCACUGGAUACGAUGACCAAAAUAUUAUGAUCCAAGGAGUUCGGGAUCAUUCUUAUGGUGCUAUUCGUGAUUGGAAGUUGUUUCACCGUUAUGUUCUUAACUAUGUCCAUCUUGAUGAUGGCACAGCCAUUUGUGUUGGAGCUAUCUCUAUGCCAGUAACUCUCUCAAGGCUGGUCGUAGGCUAUGUGUUUCACCCAGAUGGCUCAAUGGAUCCUGUCAGCAGUACAGACUUUGAGUUUUACAACUGGGGGGAUGAAGGUGAACCACCUGAUAAACUGGUGCUGAACUUUACUGCAGGUGAGAAGUCCUACUAUAUGAUGUCUGACAAGAUUCAAUGUCCAGUAUUUUACAUGGGAAAAGAUUGGGAUGCCAAAAUUUACGAGAGAUUCUGCAACUAUUCUGUGAAUGGUGUGAAGGGGUGGGGCAUUAGUGAAUGGGAUUACAGAAACCUGGCAGGAAAAAAUGACAAGAAAAUUGGAAAGUGACUUCUUCUAGCCAAAUGAUGAUUCUUCGUCUAAUUUUUAAAAACCUUUUAUUCCCAUUGAUAUCAAUUCUCUAGUAAAUUUUGCUAGUACUUGUAAAUUAGUUUUUCAGUUAAGUAAAGAAAGCUUAUAAAAACUAUACAGCAUCUUAAUGAAACCAUGUAACGUUUCACACUCUGAAGGAAAUAGAGCCAGAGAUAAGUUUUGUUUUGUAAUUUAGUAUUAGUUACUUGGCUAAACCAAUCUAGUCUUUGUUAUUGUACUUUCAUGCUUAAUUUCUAAAUCAUAAGUGCCAUUACCUGUGAUAUAUUAUUUACGAUUCAAUAUUUCUACAUAUUUUAAGACAUUUGUCUCACAAUCCAGUGACAUUUCUUCCUAUAUUUUAUUUCACAACAAUAUUUUCUAUGUGAAAUUUUUUUUAACGUGUUUUCUUAUUGUAUUUUGUAUAGUAUUUUAUUACGGUUAAUUAUUGUCGAUAUCUAUGCACAAUUGUAAAAAAACUAACCUUAUUAGACUUUCAGGUUAUUUUUAUUUCCGACAUUUGUCUUCCAAUCCAUAUUACCGAAAUAAUACAAAAAGAUUAAAUAGAUUAUAAAGCACUUUUAUUAGAAACCCAUGUACUUAAAACCACAGGGGAAAUUUCCAUCAAUUAAAAAUAAUAUGUUAAUUCAUUUCACCGAAAUCGUAAACGUUUUUUUUCUUACAAGAACAAAGAAAUUAAUAUGAAAUAUAGAAUGCCAUAGAAAGAAAUCAAUUGAAGAAGAAUUAGAUCCCUAGAGAAAGAUAUGAAAUGAUGUUUCAACAGGCCAGAUAGCACCAUGUCGUGGGCCGGAUGCUGCCCACAGGCCAUAUUUUGGACAUCACGCUAGCAAAAAUAAUAAUACAAUGGUUCCUGCUUAGUAAUUUUCUCAUUACAAUGUACUAGUCUAUGGGGAGUUUAUCAGUUUUUUUGGCCAACAGUUUACUAGGGUAUUAUGUGACCAGCACAAUAAUCGAUCUGUUUUACUUUCCCCCAAAGAUGUCAGGCACCCAAUAAAGCUGAAAUAACUUCAACUUCAGUCUACAUCAAGAUUCCAAACCAAUUAUUAUGGGUGAGUGCCUAGUGCUCUACAAUUCAGCCACCAGAUCUCCUACAAAUAUCGUUAUGUUGUUGGUGCAUUUUUUUUUCUCCUUUUUAUUAGGGCCAUUUUGUUUAUUUCUUUUAAAAUUGUUUCUGCUUUUUACCUGCUUAUUAUUAAUUAAGUAUCUUUAAGACAUUGAGAAAAAAACAAGUUUAUCUAAAUUUUAAAAAUAAAUUGUUAAAUGUACACUAGAGUCCUGAAAACACUCUAAAUUCCAGCAGUCCAGAUAACUUAGCAACACUUUGGGAAGGUAAAAAACAACAAACACCACCAUACAAGCUCCUAAAAUAUCAUGUAGUGAUGGGCUACAGGAUGUCGAAACUGAUAUUCAGUAUAUUGAACAACAAGCUGCUUUGGUAAAUGAACUUUCUGUUCCUUCGUUGUCUUGAUGAGGCGGCUGCAGAGUAAAGAGUGUGAAAGGAAAGAGGACAUUAUGCAUUGCUUUUUAUAAAGUCAGUUCUUGCUGUUCAUUUUCAUUACAGACUUCUUUUUACCUUUUUAAAGUACAUAGUUUUCAUUUGUUUAAGGGUAUCUGGGGACUUUAUUUUUUUGUUUUAGACUUUAAAAGACAAGCACGAUAUUGUAUUUUCUGUAUUAUUUAUUUUUUAAAUAGCUCAUUCCCUAUAGGCUGGUUAUUUCCACAUUCUAAGGCACUUUAAGUCAACAUUAGGCCAAGUUAAAGAUAAAUGUAGGCACUAUUGUUGCAAUAAUAUUUUCAUACAAUUAAAGUUUAAGUGAUGUCUUGAGUAAAACAAUUCUACUGUUUUCUUUUCUGAAUAUAAAACCUGCCCACUGUCAUCCAGUUUGCCUGCAGUAGGUUUGGGCUUGGGUGUAUUCAUCUUCAUAUCUGAAGGAAUGUCUUCAACUGUAAACAUGAGCCGUGACCUACCUGUAUUCUUGAUAAUACCCUUGGUACUACCAGCAGAUAAAUGGCCAGUUAUACUGGAGUUUGUCUUGUGCAUCUAAAAAGUUAUUCAUAAUAUUAAUGUUACCUUAAUGUCCAUUCCUAAACUUACAGUGUCAUCGUGCUUGCAGCCUGAGGACUUCAGUCACAAAAGUUGUAGUGAAGUUUUUUGUACUUGUUAUCAUUUGCGCUAUCUUUAAGUCUGAAGAUCAAAGAAGAUUGUUUAAUUGUAUCUAGCUGUAAGGACCCUUUAGUGACCUACAUAUCUUACCACAUUCUACAUAGAUCAAUUGUUGUACAUCAUCUUUUAUAAUUGUUUUUUUUAGAGUUCAAUGGAGAUCAAUUUAUGUCAUUUUUUCAUCAUCUUUGUCUGUCUUUGAAAGAAUUCUUUCUUUGGGUUGUCUGUCUUUGAAAGAAUUCUCUCUUUGGGUCUCAAAAUGUAGCCAUGUUAAUGUUUCGUUAUUCUCCAGCAUUCCUUUUGGCCAGGUGCUAAAUGAGUUUGAAAUUCUGAAUGUUUUGUUUUAAAACAAUGUUUUAUUCUUUGGUAAGCGAAUAAAUAUGUUUCUUGAUAACAGAAUUUCUUUUUAAUAUGAAUAGGAAGUGUGCAGCUGUUCUUCUAAGUCAAAUUGAAGUUGGCAAUUUGUCUUUCUUUUUUUUUUUU